ACCCUGGGAACGAUGGAAAAUACUGAAAGCUGAUUGGUUAGAAUCUUACCGAAGGGCAGUUCAUCAUCAUCAUCAUGGCGGAAGGAGGUGAACAUGAAAACAUUCCUGCUGAGCUUGAGGAGGACCCACCAGAGGAAAAAGAGACCAAAGACACAUCAGCAGUUGUAGGAGGCAAAAAACGGAUGUUCCAGAAGGAAUUACGCUGUAUGAUGUAUGGGUUUGGAGACGACCAGAACCCGUACGCUGAGUCAGUGGACUUACUGGAGGACCUGGUCAUUGAGUUUAUCACAGAAACGACACACAAGGCCAUGGAGGUGGGAAGACCAGGAAGAGUACAAGUGGAGGAUAUAGUGUUCCUCAUCAGGAAAGAUCCCAGAAAAUACGCCCGAGUGAAGGACUUGUUAACAAUGAAUGAAGAACUCAAGAAAGCCAGGAAGGCCUUUGAUGAGUCAACUUAUGUUAAUGUUGCCUAGACAAAGACUAGUAA